CAAAUUAAUAUAAUAGUUAAUUUUAUAAUUUAACGUACAUACGGCCCUGGCAAUUAACAAAACACUAAGCAAGGACAUUGGCAACACACUUAAGUAGACAGCAGACAGCAUGUCGUGGCUAAACAAUAGCCUAAACACCAUCAAAGGACAAUUAACGAACUUGGCACAGGAAGUACUGGCCGAUACAGCUGGACCCGGCGACGAGGAAUACCGCGGUGGAGCCGAUGAGCUAAACACUAAGACAGCGCUCGAGCUGCUGGCCGAGACGCAGACGCAAAAGGAGCUACUGGACAAAUCAUGCGAGGAGAAAGAUCGCGAGAUUGUCGCACUACGCAAGCAGAUUACCACACUGAGGAGUCAACAAAUUAGCAAAGUCGAUGGAGCCGUUGCUGAUGGCGUUGGUGAUGUUGCCGACAGCGAGACCAAAUCUUUGGCUACAGCGCAAAAUGUGGAGGACAGCUGGUGCUGGGAGCCAGAUGCAGCUGCAGCUAGCACGUCCAGCAAGUCCACAACGCCACCAACGCUGGUGGACGUGGCGCUGGACGGAGCGGAUGUGUCCAAGCUGAACGGCAUUAUAGCCGAACUGGAGCAACAAAAUGCUGAAUUGCGUGACUCGCUGGAGCAGCUGGAUGCACAACAUGAACAGGUUAUGGAGGAUGUGCUGGGACGCAAAGCGCAGCUGCAGCAGCAGCUGGCGGGACUGAAGCAAACGCAAGCGGAUCGCCUGGUGGAGCACGAGCUGGCAAUGGCUCGACUGCAAAAGCAGCUGGCCAGCGAGCAGCAGGCGCAGCAGUCGGCGAGCGAGGCGCGCGAGCAGCUGCAGCAGCGCGUGGAGCAGCAGGCGCAGGAGCUGCAGCGCAGCGUGCUGGAGCUGGCGGACAUGCAGCAGCUGCUGGAGAAACGUGGCGCUGACAAUGGCGAGCUGAUUGAGCGUGUGCGUCAAGCGGAGGCGGAGCGCGAUGAGCUGGCCAAGCAGAUGAAAGGCAAAAAAACUUCAGAGUCAUCGAACAGCUCCUCGACGGGCAAGCACAGCGAGGAUGAGUUCAUAGUUGUGCGCAAUGCAGACUCAGAGCCCGAUGCAGAUGCAGCCACAACGCCGCCAAGCAAGGAGAAGCUGCGCGACAAGCUGGUGGCGCUCGAAGCGCGCAUUGCCGAGCUGACUGCAGCUAAUCAAAAGCAGCAGGAAGCCGAGCAAGCUGUGCAGCUGUCCAGCAGCGGACUCAAAGAGCAGCUCAGCGAGCUGGAGCAGCGUCUGCGCAUAAGCGAAAGCGAAAAGGAGCAACUGCAGCUGGAACUGCAGCGUAAACUGCAACAGCUGAUGCUGCAAAAUCAGGAGCUAAAGCUAAGCGCCGAGGCGGAUCAGGAAACGCAUGCAAAUGAUUUGGAGCAGCAGCUGGGCGCGCUACGUGCACAGAAUCUGCUGCUGCGCCAGGAGCUUGAUGCCAACAUAGCACAGGCCAAAUUCCGUCAAGCUAUAGCCGAGGAGAAGCAAGAGAUUACCGAUUUGGAUGUGGAUCUGGAUGAGAAUGAGCUGCGUACGCUGCUCGAAAAGUUGCGCGCCGACAGCUCAGAGCAGACACUGGAGCGCGUCUAUCAGCAGCUAAAUGAGCGCUGGACGCGCCUGGAGCUGAGCGAGCAGCGUCUGAGCGAACUGCAGGACCAACAGCUAAUAGUGGAGCAUGAAAAGAAAACGCUUGAGGCGGACAUAUCGCAAUAUAUACUGCAAUGCGAUGAGCUGAUGAAGAACAACGAGCUGCUGCUCAACGAGCUGGACAAGUUUAAGCGCAACAAGCUGGAGACCAUAGAGGAGCAUCAUGAGCAGACUAUAAUGCAGCUGGAGCUGCAGCUGGAGGAGGCGCGUCAGCAGCUAAAGCAGGCGGCUGGCCAAGAGGCGCCGUCUUCUGGUGAGCUGCAGCGCAUUGAGCAGCUGCUGCGAGAAGUGCAAAUGCUGCAGGAGGAAAAGUGUGAGCUGGAGGCGCAAAUGGAGCAGCUGCGUCUGCAGCUGGAGGAGCGUGAUGUGAGAAAAACUGUUGCCCAGCAGCUGGAGUCACAGCAAGCAGAGCAAUUGCAGUCCAAAAAGCAGUGCAUCGAUGAGCUUGAGCAGCAAGCAGUGCAAGCAAAAGAAAGCAGUGCACAGCUACAGCUGGAGCUGCAGCAAGUGCGAGAGCAGCUGCAAACAAGCAGCGCGAACGAAACGGAACAGCAAAAACAACUGCAGCAACAAAAGCAACAAUUGGCCAAACAGCAAGCGCAGCUAAAACAAUGCAAAGAGCAAUUGGAUAAACUAAAUGCACAACUGCAAGAGCAUGCAGCGCUAGAGAUGCAAGUGAAGCAGCUGAAGCAAGAGCUGCAGGGCAGUGAGCAGCAGCACAUUGCAGAAGAGUCACAAGUCAAGCAGCUGCAGCAGCAGCUACAAAACAAAGAGCAGCACAUAGCAGAGUUAAGUUUGAAAUUGCAUGAGCAUGAGACACUGAUGCAGCAAAAGGAGCAGAGUGAGCAGCGCAUAGAGGAGCUGCUGCUAAAGUUAAAGGCACAGUCAGCGCAGCCGCAGCCAGAAAUGAAGCAGCUUAAAACGCAGCUGCAUGAGAAAGAGCAGCGCAUAGAAGAGCUCAAUAUGGCGCUGAAAGAUUAUGGCAAACAGCACAAGAGCAAUCUACUGGAGCUGCUGAUGGAGCUGAAGCAGCUGAAAGAGACGCGACCAAAUCAGCCACAAAUCGAGCAGCUCGAAGCGCAGCUGGCUGAGAAAGAGCAGCGCAUGGAAGAGCUGAAUACGCAAUUGACCGAGCAUGCUGAGCAAGUGGCGCAAAUACAGCAGCAAAAGGAGCAGCGCAUAGCAGAGUUAGAGCUGGAAUUGCAGCAGCUCAAAGAGACACAGACGACAGCCAGUCAGCCACAAACCGAGCAGUGCCAAGCUCAAUUGCAAGAGCAAACGCUGCGCGUAGAAGAGCAAACAAUUGAGCUGCAGCAGCUACAGGCUGAGCUAAGUGCAGUCAAGCAGCAGUUGGCUGAGCAACAAACACAGCUGGAGCAGCUCAACGCUGAGAAGCUGGAGCUGAUUAAAGCAGUGCAGCAGAAGCAUGCAGAGAAUACGCAAUACUAUGCGGAAAUACAACGUUUGCAGCCGCUGGAGACGCAUCUCGCGGAGCUGUUAAAGGAACGCGAGCAGCUGCGCGAUCAGAUUACUUUCCUUAAGGAAAAAUCCGAUAUACUCACAACGAAUUUGCUCACAGAGCAAAGCAAUCAACGCUUGUUGCAGCAGCAGCAAAGCGAGUCACAGGAUCAGCAGCUCAAUGUGCAAAAGGAUCUGGAGCGUUUGCGUGCCCAUCUGCUGGAAGUGGAGGAGCUGCAUACACAGGAAACUGUUGAGCUGCAGCGUGAGCUGGAGGAUUCGCGCAUCAAGCUGGCUGCACUGCAGCAGGAAGUCUCCAAAUCCAGCACGGCCUACACUUCAGCCAGCAUACGUGCCAAUCAACAGGCGGAAACAUUGCAGGCGCAACAUGCGCUGCUGUUGCAACAACGUGAUGAACUUUUGGCCAAAUUGGGACAACACGAUGAUCGUGAACUCAAACAGCAGGCGGCACUCACCAAUUUGCAGUGCGCACUGGAACAAUUUCAAAAUGAUAAGGAGCACGACAUACAAAGCGCCACGCAGCGCAUGCGCCGCGAGCUGCAAUUGCAGCAAGAGAAGCAAGCAGCGCUGCAGACAGAGAUGGCAGCGCAGCAGCAGCAGCUAGCCGAAGCCAAUCAAGGGUUGCGAGCAGCGGCGCGACUCUCAGAUCAACUGGAUGCUGGUCAGCAGACAAUUGCAGUAUUGCGGGACGAAGUGGACAGCCUGAAGGAGCUCAACGGAAAGCUGGAGCAGCGACUCAGCAGCAGCGAGUCCAGCCAAACGGAUAAAAUUGACAAGAGUCUCAUCAAGAGUUUGCUCAUUGGCUAUGUGGUCAGCGGCCAUGCGGGCGAUAAGCAGCAGGUGCUGCGCAUGAUAUCCUCAGUGCUGGACUUCAGUUCACAGGAAUCGGAUCGUGUCGGACUUAACAAGCAGCAGAGCAGCUGGCUGGGUGCCAUAUUGGGUGGCGGUGCUGGUACAACUGGUGGUAAUGAAAAUUUGGUGCAGGCCUUUGUGCAAUUUUUGGAACAAGAAUCACAGCCGCAGCCUGCAGCGCGUCCCAAUCUGCUCAACAUGGGCAAACAGUCGGAUGCAGCAUCAGCUGCAACAACAGCAACAAUCGGUGCCACAACUGCAGCCAACAGCAGCGAUCAUCAAGCAAUGUCGCCGGCUUCCAUGACGAUGAACAACAGCAAUGAAUUUACGCCAACACGCAACUCUAGCUCCAUUCUGAAGGAUAUAUUAAGUGAUUCCUGAUUGUUAUAGAAGCGGCCGGAUUUAUUUUUUUAUAUCAUACUAUAAAUACUAUUUUUUUUUUCUUCUGUGUGCAAACUAAACUUAAAUUAUUUGCUAUGAAAUGUAAUGAUUGUAAAUUUUAAUUGUGCAAUUCAUGUGUCUAUCGUUUAUUCCAUGUAACUAUAUAUGUAUGUGUAUAUCUAUAAUCUGUGUUUAUAAGCGCUAAAGCCUUUGCCCUCCCCCCACACUCCCUUUGACUUAUUCUGCUGCAAAAGCACUUGUAUAUACAUAUAUGUAAUAAAUAUAUCAACGCCGUGGGCUGCCAAUUGGCAUAACCUUCCGCGGCGUAAUUUGCCUUAAAUAA